AUGGUCAGAGGAUUCCAACUGACGAAAGAUAGACAUGCCAGCCUUUUGUCAGCCAUCCACAUGGCGACAACUUCUGGCCUGGUGACAAGUUCACUAAGCUCUGACGUGAACGUCUCGUCAGCUGUCAGUUUGGACGCUUUUCGUGGGAUUAAGGCCCACGGCCUGACGAUGACGGACUAUUCCCGAUGCCCCUCGGCCGAGGCUGCCUGUUGUGAGCACGUUUGCUCCUCCUCCAACCCGACUCUGCACACACAAGCACACACAAGAACAUUGAUGCACGCAAAUGGGAAAGCGUUCUGA